AUGACUGAUGUCCUUAUAAGAAGAGGAAGUUUCGACACAGAUGCCUAUGGAGUGAAGAUGUGUGAAGAUUAUCCUCAACAAAAGAGCUUGAGAGAUGCCGAGUUUGCAUCAGGUUCAAAUAAGCGAGAAGAACAUUUGGCUCGACUGUUUGGUCACAGUGCAGAGGAGAAGAGGGAUAAAGAAUCUUCUCUGUUCAACAGGGAUGCAAGUGACAAGCAGUUAACCACCGUAGGUCAAGGAACACUUCAAGAAGCAAUCAGUCCAGCUGUUCCAAAUAGGAGUGUGCCCUGCGUGCAGCUUCUGCAUUUCCUCCAGCGGAACAUCAUCAUUGCCGCGGUCUCGGUGGCGGGAAUCCUCGUGGCCACAGUGUUGCUGCUGUUGGUGUUGAUCACAUACAUCAGGAGGAAGCAGCCAUUAUACCCUCCGGCAAACACGACCUAUAAUAUUUUUAUAAUGAAUGGAAAGACUUGGUGGCAGACGUCUCAAGAAAAGAACGCCAGAAAACAUUCCAGAAAACAGAAACCGCUGAAGGAUAAUUCCAGUGUCUAGGCCAGGUGGUGGGGCCAGCCAGCCAGCACCACAAGCUGUGAUGUGAGGCGAUUCUCCAUCCAAAUGCUGUGCAGAGGCAACUGGAUUUCUAGCUGUGAGGUGCACCCUACAAAACGCGUACCUUUUCCUCUCAAUUUUGAAUGGACCAAGGAAACAGUGUUUGACCACAGCAUGCUCAUGGUGGUCAUGGCAUUAAGGACUAGUGCAGGAGACUUAGCACAUUUCCUCAGAGACUGACCUGACUAACCGUGGAUUUAUUUAUUUAUUAAAGCAUUGAUUCGUUUU